CAGGCGGCUUGGGAUCAAGAUGUUACGUCGGGCAAGACGGUGUUGGAAGACACUUCCAUGCUCAGCCAGGUGCCGCGAAUUCAGAAGCCGCCAUUCUCGACUUCCGGAGGGUGAGUGGGUCAUCCCGAAAGCUUGGACCAUGGCCUUGUGUCGAUUGGCCCGAUGGGCAUCUCGCUCCAGGGCCUCACUCACCUCAUCUAUUCAACAACGACGUCAAAGUUAAGCAGGACGGUUGAGCAUUCUGUAUCCGUCACGACAGCCAUGGCAUCCCAGUCAACACCAGCGAAGAGGCAACAAGACCUUCAAGUGCAGUACAGCACUUACAAAAACACGCUGCAACAGCUCGCUCAGAAGAUUGGCGAUGUCGAACAAGAAGCCGAGGAGCACAAACUUGUUCUUGAAACCCUCGAGCCCCUCCCCGGUGACCGCAAGUGUUUUCGCAUGAUAAACGGCGUUCUGGUAGAGAGGACCGUCAAGGAUGUCGUCCCCGCUCUGCGGACCAAUGCGGAAGGGCUGAAAAAGGUACUCGAUGACCUUGUCAAGCAGUACAAGGCGAAGCAGGAUGAGCUCGAAAAGUGGAAGAACAAUGUUCAGGUUGUGCAAUCAUGAGAUUCCAGGCGCCCUGGAUUAAGUGACCGGCAAUGGGCCGCCCCAGUUGCCAUGUCAUCAACGGAUUCUAAGGGUGUGGUCAGCCAGUGUACACCAAGCGGAGAUAACAACAGAUAUUAGGAGACGGGCGACGGGCGACGCAUGCGCUUGCCUUUACACCCUC